AUGAGCUUCAGCAACGCCUUUGGGGAUUCCUGCGGGGCAAACAACGCGCUCAACAAGUUCACACAACGAGCAAAUGUGGACAACUCGCUCACGAGCCAGCUGAGAGCGAAUAGCGACAGCCAGCGUCUGCUGACUCCGCCCCACCAGACGGUGGAUCAACAACUGGAGUCUGAGUACCGCGCUUUCCAACAACAAACCCCUUCGUUCCAGCCGUCGUUCCAGGCUGCGGUACCGCCUGCCACUAUAGAGCAGAACCAAUGGGUCGACCACUUUCGCGACAUGAACCUCCACGACACGCCAGAGGCCCAGACUUUUCAGCAUGUGCAAAACCAGUCUGUGCACUCCACGCAGUGGCGAUACGAUUUUUCGCAGAGCCAGCAGCAGCAGCAGCAGCGGGAGGCGGCCGAUGCGUACGCCCCGGCCUUCCGAAUGCGCACGGGGCCGCCGCAGGUUGCCACGUCGCUCGCACCGCAGGUCGUCUCUGCUACGACCGUCCAGCAGGACUUUUCAGCCGUGGACGCUGCCUUCGACGAGCUGGAACACGAGUUGCGCGACGAGGCGAUGAACGAGCAGCAGGCCGAGCAGGUCAAGCCGCAGAACGAGGACGAUAAGGUUAAGUUUGCCCAGCUGGCGCGGUCUGUCUUCCUGACGAUGUCGCAGCCACCGGCAGACAUUUCGAAACAAACAAGCGACAAAUUCCAGAAUUCCAACUUUCUCAAGCUUAUGAACAAGAUCUCCACGAGAGAGGUGGAGAUGAGCGAGGACAGAGACAAGUUUGUGGACGCCCAGGGCCGGGAUAUUCGCGACAUGCUUCCGGACCCGUUGAAGGACAUCAAGGAACAAGGACUGGCUGGCAUGGGGCCGUUUGCGUCGGCGCAGCAGGUAUAUUCGCAGAUGGGCGACGAGCUGAGGCCCAGUAUGUGGCAGUGA